GCUGCUCAGAUGAAACAAAUUUUCUUCAUCACUCUUACACUCUUUUUGGUCCCUCCGAAAGUAAAGUUAUCCUCUAUUAUAUGUCGAAAUGGUCAACGCCGCUGGUCUUCUGCGUGAAACCAAUGCCCUGGUUAGUCGCGCGGGCGGCAUUCAUGUCCCUCCAGAAGUGAUUGCCAGUUGGCCGACUCCCAAUCACAUCUCUCCAGAGGAAAGGACAUGGGGCGCCCCAGUAGCUCUGUCUAUCUUGUUAGUGGUGACGCUUCUCGUCUAUGUCGCCCGCAUGUGGGCACGGCUGACUAUGACCAAAAACGCUGGUGUUGAUGAUGCUCUUAUAAGUGUAUCUAUGAUAUUCUUGAUCGGACUAUCAAUUUCGGCAAUUCUCGGCGUGAAAAUUUAUGGCUUCCAAUGGCAUAUGUGGGAUCAGACACCGACAACCAAAAACACCACAACAUACGUCACCAUGGCAAUCGAACUCACUUACAUGAUCUCCACGACUCUAAUAAAAAUUUCAAUUUUGCUCUUCUACCGACGGCUAACUGGUUCGUUGACUAACAGAUUUGUAUACCUAGUAUGGGCAUGCAUAGCGGCUUGCAUUCUUUAUUUUGUUUCCUUUAUUAUUCUUAUCUUUUUCGCCUGCUCUGUAGCUGUUGGACGAAAAGAUUGUGCUGAAGAAGGACCAUUUAUAGUCUCUGUCACGACUGUCUCAACAGUACAAGACCUUGUUAUCUGCCUUCUUCCUGCUUUCCUUAUCCGUAAUCUUCAGAUGCCCAAACGCCAGAAGCUCGCAGUCUGUGGAAUCUUUGGCUUAGGUCUUGUCACCACAAUCUGUGGUAUCAUGAGGUUGUAUUAUGCAAUCUAUCUUUACUAUUUUACGUAUGAUGCGACAUGGUACGCGUAUUAUGGCUGGAUUUGGACCGUACUCGAAGCCGACCUAGGCUUGAUCUGUGCGUCAGCUCCAGCACUUCGAGUUUUUUUCCGCCACUCCUUGGGAUUGAUGUCUUCUUCCACUGGUAAUCCGCGAUCUAGGGCCAAUAAAACAUCUUCUGAUGUUCUGUCGAAUCGAGCAACCCACUCGGGACAGUUAACGCGGAAUGGUGGCAGGAAAGAUCUGGAAUCUCAAGGAGACCACAUUUACUUGGACAGCAUAAUAGUCGAGCGGGGUUUGAGCAGCAGAACCCAAGAAAGAGACGAUGCAAGUCAGAAAAGCGAUUCCAGCACCCGGAACCUUACAACAAUAAUCCAUGGGCCUAUGCUGAAGUAAUAAGGUCAGCACUUUUCAGUGAUAUACUACAGAAAACCCGAGUUUGAGUAAUUUUCUCUUACAAAAGUGUGCGCUCAGUGGCAAAGCCGGAACGAAAGCUGCCACUAUGAUUUCUGCAGAGUGAUAGAGAUUUAAUUGCCAAACUACUCUCUGGCUACCCAGUAUAGACGUU